AAUAAUAAUAAUAAUAAUUCUAAUAAUGAAGUCAAAAAUAUUAUCAUUAAUAUCCAUAUCGUGGAUGAUAUUACUGAUUGCCACCAAUCAUGUUAUCAGUGCUGCUGCCGAUGAAGUUAGUGCUGAAGAGGAAGCUCUUGUCAAAGAUCUUUUAGGCGAUACCGACGCCGACGACAAAACAAUAGACUGUUUCUCGUCGGUCAGUGAUAAACAAUUGGCCGACAAUAAGGUGUCGACAUUGAGUCCAACAGAGCUAAGCCGUGUCCUUAUCGAAGGAUCGCAUAGUUUUGCAUUUGAUUUGUUAAAAGCUUUGCAUAAAUUUGAACCCAAAGACAAUUCGUUUGGUCUACUCAUGAGUCCAUCGUCUAUUUGGUCGACUUUGGUCAUCACUUAUCUGGCAUCCAAUGGCGAAACAGAGACAGAACUAAGAAAUAAGUUACGCCUUCAGUCGAUAUCCAAGUCGUCGGUUGGUUUGGCUUAUCAGGGCUUAAAACUGUGGAACGAUUUGAAGAAAAAUAUGACCAAAAUGUCCGAUUCGGAGAAGACAAUACUCAGUCAGGCCAACAGAAUCUUCGUUAACAACGAUCUUCAGAUUAAUCCAUGUUUUGCCGAUUACUUUGAUGACGACAUCCGACCGAUGAACUUCACAACACAGCCGAUACAGUCGACCCGCUAUAUCAAUGGUUGGGUGGAAGAGCUGACAAACGGCAAGAUUACUGAUCUCAUACCGAAUGGUUCGAUCAAUCCGUGGACUAAAAUGAUUAUCGCAAACGCCGUCUAUUUUCAUUCAAAAUGGUUGAACGAAUUUACUAAAGAUAGUACAAGAAAUACGACGUUUUUCUUGUCGCCAACCGAUGAGAUUAGUGUGGAAAUGAUGUCAAUGGAGUCGACCAUUAUGUACGGUAUAUCUGAGAAACUGCAGGUAACAGCCAUCGACUUGUCGUACGCCAAUCCCGACUACUCGAUGAUCAUCAUAUUGCCCGACGUUGGCAAAGGUCUCGAUUCGCUCAUAGCCAGCAUAACACCCGCCGAUCUCUACGAACUGGUGGCCAACAUGUACGACGACGAAGUGGCCAUUCAGUUACCGAAAUUCAAGGUCGAACAAGAAUUCGAAAUGGCCGGACCAUUGUAUUCGAUUGGCAUUAAAAAACUAUUUGAUCCCCGAUUUGCCAAUCUAUCGUCACUGUUCGCCGCCGCCGCCGACAAUCAUGUCGCCAAUGGCACCAAUACCACAAAAUCUGGUCAUCAUCAUCAUCGGGAAACGGGUAGCGGUUUUGCACUGAAUUCGGUAAUUCACAAGUCCUAUAUAACGGUCAACGAAGAGGGCACAGAAGCAGCGGCCGCAACAGCUCUCAUCUAUGGCCGAUCCGGACGGCCAGUGUUUACCACACAAUUCAUAGCCAACCGACCGUUUCUCUAUCUCAUCCGUGAUGUGGCCACCAAUUUCAUACUGUUUUUGGGAACUGUUCGCCGACCGCAACAAUAGUUUUUUUUAAUAAAUAUAUUACUAAACAUUCAAACGUAACAUAUUUUUUUAAUACUGUAAAUAGAAAUUAAAACAUUACUACUGUAUUAUUAAUUUUUAAAUUUAUAUAUAUAUAAU